AUGCCACGAAAGCUAAGGGCGGCCGCCCAGGCGGCUGCAAAGUCGAUAAAAAAUGUACCUUCAAUUCCAGAUGGGUCUGAUGAGGAGAUGGCCGACGCCCCUUCCUCUCAACCCUCCUCACCCGUAGCCGAACUGGAAGACUCCCCCGAGAAAGAUCCUGACGUCGAACUCGAGGCUGAACCUGAAUCUAAACGUGAACUUGAACCUGAACCUGAAGCCGAAAACGCAGAAAUUCAGGCCCCCGAAACACCUGCCACACCAAAGCCAGAGGAAGAAUUGAGUGUUGCAACCCCCGCAGAAGACUCAAUUCUUGCCGACACAGAUAACACACCUUCCUACGGACCUGGCCGCCCAUCACUUCCGCCUCGCGGCAAGCGUCGCAUUGGUCGCCCACCCAAGAACCCUCGGCCUGAAUGGGAUCCGGCCGACGGCGAGCCACCACUUCGAGUCACUACUCCAGUCAAAAGACGCCGCGGUCGCCCUGCUGCUAGCGGUGGACGCUGGGCACGCAACCGCGGCCCCUCCCAUCUCACCCAGGUGCCUGUUGACAAGGAAGGAAACAUGAUGGAUGUAAUCAACGACGAAGUGUCGAUUCCGCCCGACCCAAUUGGCGCUACUAAAGUCGACGAGAAUGGCCACCUACAAGGCGGACGUGAGUAUCGAGUCCGUACCUUCAAGAUCCUUGGUCGCGGAGACCGCCUCUACAUGUUGUCGACUGAACCAGCCCGCUGCAUUGGCUUCCGUGACUCAUACUUGUUCUUCCAGAAGCACAAGAUGCUGUACAAGAUUAUCAUUGAUGAUGAAGCUAAGCGUGAUUUGAUUGAACGCGAUCUCAUCCCCCACUCUUACAAGGGACGAGCCAUUGGUGUUGUCACCGCGCGAUCAGUGUUCCGCGAGUUUGGCGCAAAAAUCAUCGUUGGUGGCAAGAAGAUCACCGACGACUAUGACGAAGCUGCUGCUCGCGAGCGCGGCGAUGUGGAGGGCGAGCUAGUCGUUCCGGAAGACAGAUUGCCCGGACCUGGAGAAACUUACAACAGAAAUCAGUACGUCGCCUGGCACGGCGCAAGCAGUGUUUAUCACACAAAUGCGCCCGCGGUGCCGCUUGUUGGUGGAAAGCCAGUUGAUACCAAGAAACGCCGUGUGCCAGUGACUGAUGACAACUGGAUGCUCGAGCAUGCCCGGGCUGCAAGCAACUUUAACUCAAAGCUCGCCGGAAUGCGCCGUUCGAAUCUGGGUGGUGUGUACGAUGUCCACACCAAUAUUAUGCAGCACCCGAAGAUCAUGCAGCCAACCCACGCCCGCUGGGAGCGGGUGUCCCCAGCUCCGGCGUCCGCCCCGACCGAGUUGACUACGAACAUGAACUCAUUGAACCUCUCCAACGGAGGCUCUCCUUCCGGCCAUGAAAAUCAGACCGCCCACGAAACCCAAGAAUCGCAAGAGGCUACCACUGGCGAAACCUCCACCGAAAGCCCCGCCACUACCUUUUCCCCUGUUCCCGCUCAUCUCCACGACCGCUACGUCAUCCAGGACAUUGUCUAUGAAUCCCCGUCAUAUUCAAACAUGGGCAUCCCGGGCCCUGACGGUGAUGUGCACGAUAUUGGCCCCAACGGCCUGGUCAGCGUCGCCAACCCCGAGCAUCCCGAGUUCAUGACUCCAGAGAUCCUCGAGUUGCUUCCGCCAGAGUGCAAGGAAGCUCUUAUUGACGCUGCCGCACAGGAGGUUGAAUGGAAGUCCAAGUGGACCACCGAGACCACGGAUGGCGAGCGUACUCAGCCAACCAAGAGCUACGCCUGGUACCCGUAA